AUGGAUGCAAGUAAUGAGAAUCUACCACCCAAUGUUAUCAAGCAGCUCGCCAAGGAACUGAAGAGUCUUGACGAAUCCCCUCCAGAUGGCAUCAAGGUUGUGGUGAAUGACGAGGAUUUCUCACAAAUAUGUGCUGAUAUUGAAGGACCAGUUGGGACUCCUUAUGAGAAUGGACUUUUCCGAAUGAAGUUAGCCUUGUCGCAUGAUUUUCCACAUUCGCCGCCUAAAGGCUACUUCAUGACAAAGAUAUUCCAUCCUAAUGUUGCUUCUAAUGGAGAGAUCUGCGUGAAUACGCUUAAAAAAGAUUGGAACCCUAGUCUAGGAUUAAGACAUGUUGUGAGGUGCUUACUGAUCGAGCCAUUUCCAGAAUCUGCGUUAAAUGAGCAGGCGGGCAAGAUGCUGCUUGAAAACUAUGAAGAGUAUGCAAGGCAUGCUCGGCUUUACACGGGUAUCCAUGCAAAACCAAAACCCAAGUUCAAGACAGGAGCUAUCUCAGAGUCAACGACGGCUCUAAAUGUUGGGCAGACUAACAAUGAGACGCCUGGUGCUGCUACUGCAAUACCGUCUUCAGUGGCAGACGUCAAGAGACCAACAGCAACGAGUGGCCAAGAUCAACAACAAGUGGCUAGUGUUUCUGUAGCAGCUACUGCAGGAUCUGCAAGUGUGAUCACUACGACGCAGAAAAGGGAAGCUGGUUUGGCCAAGGUUCAGGCAGACAAGAAGAAAGUAGACGCCAGAAAGAAAAGUUUGAAGAGACUAUGA